AUGUCUAAUUUACAAACCGAAGAUAUCUGGAUCACCAGAAAGAUCUACGAGGAUGCUGAAAUCGCCCAUUUUGAGAAUUUGGCCAAAGCUGCCCUAACUCCUUUAGCAGGCGAAGUAGCCAAAGCCCGCCAACGUUUAAUCGAAAGUAGGGAUACUUUUACAUCCACAGUAGCCUCUGCAUCGGUUGAUACUGAAACCAUCAAACUGAUAGAGAGAAAAGUUACAGAGUUUGAAAAAUCAAUGAGUGCCAUUUUGAAACACAUAGACGCACUAGACAUUCGUGUAUCUUCUAUGGAGCAGAAUUUGAACCAGGCUCGACCCAUGCAUCAAAUACAAAUGCCUUCCCCUGCUCAACCAGCACCUCCCUCGAAUAGGGCUACCCAAGACGACGACGACGAUGUCGAUCUUUUUGGCUCAGAUUCUGAUGGAGAAAGCGAAGCAGCCGCCAAAGUCAGAGAAGAACGGCUGGCGGCAUAUGCAGCCAAAAAAUCUAAAAAACCUGUCUUGAUUGCCAAAUCCAAUGUUAUUCUGGAUGUGAAACCUUGGGACGAUGAGACUGACAUGAAAGCUAUGGAAGAACAAGUUAGGACAAUUCAAGCAGAUGGCCUACUAUGGGGCGCAGCAAAAUUGGUACCCCUUGCCUUUGGUAUUCAUAAACUACAAAUUUCCAGUGUUGUGGAAGAUGACAAAGUUUCCAUUGAUUGGCUUACAGAACAAAUUGAAAAAAUGGAGGAUUAUGUGCAAAGUGUUGAUAUUGCUGCGUUCAACAAGAUCUAG